GAAAGGCUUUGUGGAACGUUUUCACGUGACGUGACAGCAAGUGUGAACUGGCCUUACGGCAGCGCCACAUUUAAUUAAUUCAUUCUCUUCCCAGAAGUACACAGUAUGUCAACGCAACGUGAAAUGUUUGUUGCCAGCUUCGGAGUUGGUGACGACGAAUACACGUAGUGAAACUUUUGCCACUGCUGUAGAUGGAGACACGAGCAACGAACGUAGAUACAGAUAUGUUGCGGACUUAGUCGGGAACAUUACUGCGAAAAGAAAAAUGUUUCUAAACUCAGUGUAUAUGCGGUUUGCAUGCGCAAAUAACGGCAAUCCGCAAACUGGCGGAAAAACCAAGUCCACUACAUUUUGGCGCGACGGAAGUAUUCUACCGUGUGCCCUACCAUGCAUUAGGAACUUUGCACAUUUCCGCUUUUGACCGAUAUAGCAUCUUUGAGUGUAACUGUGUGUAUUGGAAUUGGCUUGUCAUUUUGUUGUGUUUGUUGAGGUUAGAAUUAAACAGGGAUAAUGCCAGAUUUUCUUGGAGAUGAUAUGCGAAAGGUGAAGAAAGAGGAAAAAGAAGAAGAGAAAGAGAUUAAAGCUCUGGAUGAAGGUGAUAUAGCACUUCUGAAGACAUAUGGCCAGGGACAGUAUACAAAAACUAUAAAAGCAGUAGAAGAUGAUAUCCAGACCAUAAUUAAACGUGUUAAUGAGCUGACAGGAAUAAAAGAAUCUGACACAGGUUUAGCAGCUCCAGCAUUAUGGGACUUGGCAGCUGAUAAACAGACUUUGCAGAAUGAACAGCCAUUGCAGGUUGCACGGUGCACAAAAAUCAUAAAUGCUGAUUCAGAUGAUCCAAAAUACAUAAUAAAUGUUAAACAAUUUGCGAAGUUUGUAGUUGAUUUGGCAGAUUCAGUGGCACCUACCGACAUUGAAGAAGGAAUGAGAGUUGGUGUGGAUCGUAACAAAUAUCAAAUUCAUAUACCUUUGCCACCAAAGAUAGAUCCAACAGUCACAAUGAUGCAAGUUGAAGAGAAACCAGAUGUUACAUAUAGCGAUGUUGGAGGAUGCAAAGAACAAAUUGAAAAAUUAAGAGAAGUUGUUGAAACACCACUAUUGCAUCCUGAGAAGUUUGUAAACCUUGGAAUUGAACCACCUAAAGGAGUCCUCCUCUUUGGUCCUCCCGGCACAGGUAAAACAUUAUGUGCAAGGGCUGUUGCAAACAGAACAGAUGCUUGUUUCAUUAGGGUCAUUGGGUCCGAACUUGUCCAGAAAUACGUAGGAGAGGGAGCGAGAAUGGUUCGAGAACUGUUUGAAAUGGCACGCAGCAAAAAGGCUUGUCUUAUAUUUUUUGAUGAAAUUGAUGCUAUUGGAGGAGCACGUUUUGAUGAUGGUGCCGGUGGUGAUAAUGAAGUCCAGAGAACUAUGUUGGAACUUAUAAAUCAGUUGGAUGGUUUUGAUCCUAGGGGUAACAUUAAAGUUCUAAUGGCCACGAACAGACCAGACACUCUGGAUCCAGCACUCAUGCGACCAGGUAGAUUGGACAGAAAAGUGGAGUUUGGCUUGCCAGACUUGGAAGGACGGACACACAUAUUCAAGAUACAUGCUCGUUCUAUGAGUGUUGAGAGAGAUAUUCGUUUUGAACUACUUGCUCGACUCUGUCCAAACAGCACAGGUGCUGAAAUACGAUCUGUGUGCACAGAAGCUGGAAUGUUUGCAAUCCGAGCAAGAAGAAAAGUUGCAACUGAGAAAGAUUUUCUAGAGGCUGUAAAUAAAGUUAUAAAAUCAUAUGCAAAAUUCUCAGCAACUCCAAGAUAUAUGACAUACAAUUAAAUUUAUUUUCAGACUUAAUUUAAAAAUAGUGAUUGUCACUGUGACAGAUAUGUACAUGAUGAUCAGUAAUUCUGAAGUUGUACUGUGUAUGUUUGUAAAAAUACAAAUUUAUACUUCAGAAAUUUGCAUUAAUUUUUUUGAUUUGAUGUACAGGUUCAGGAAUUCCUGUGUACAUUUCUCUCUACUUGGCUGAAAGUAAGUUCUAUAAUUUUUAAGUAAAUUAGUUGAUUGACAUAACAAACACUAAAAAAUCAAAACUGGAAUGAAACAAGAUGUGGAAGCCUUAAAUAUAUUUUGUGAAAUUUAAUA